GUCAUGUGACCAGCGCGCGCUCACUGAACAGUUCCUUUUUCAACGCUGGCGCUUCCUUCUUGCACGUGACUCAAAACGCUGGGGUUUUUUGAGCACGUCGGAGAGACGCGAGGUGCGCGCGACCUGUUUCUCGGGCCGUUAUGGAGGAGCCGCCCGGUUUCCGGUAGCCUACGUGCGCGAGUCGUGUGAGCUCGAGGCGGACGGCGCGAGACAGCAGCAUGGCCCCGAUGCUCCUGCAGAAACUGUUCAGCAAGAAAGCCGCGGCCGCCACCACCGGGGGCGCAAGAGAGUGCGCGGCCGACACGGAGAAUCGUUGGGCUUCUGCGGAGUUUGAUCUCGCACAAAUCCGACUGAUCGUGUAUCAGGAUUGUGAAAAGAGGGGUCGCCAAGUUCUGUUUGACUCCAAGGCUAUACGGAAGCUGGACCCAUCUGAACUGAAUGCUGAGGAGACGAUAGCCCCACCCACCCGCAGCGGUGCAUGCCAAAUUGGAUGCAAGGCAGUCAAGCAGAAAGAAACUCCGCCUACUUAUCAGUACACAAGACCAUCUUCCGAUGUGAAUAUGCUUGGGGAGAUGAUGUUUGGCUCUGUUGCUAUGAGCUACAAGGGCUCAACGCUGAAGAUUCACCAUAUCCGAUCUCCUCCGCAGCUGAUGGUCAGUAAGGUUUUCUCGACACGUUGCGGCAGCAGUAACACAGGCAGCACCAACACUCUCCAGGACAGCCUUGACUCUAUUAGCCAAACGUGCCCGAGUCACAGCAGCAGCAUCGUUCAUAGUAACCCUGUGGAUAUGCCAGGCCGUAGACACAAUGAAGACAGCGACAGUGGUAUCGCCCGUUCAGCAUCACUCAGCAGCCUCCUGGCCACGCCCCUCCCCUCCCCUGGUUCGUCCUACAGCAGUGGGUGUGCCAGCAGUUACCAACGACGAUGGCUUCGUAGCCAAGCAACCAGCCUACAGCAUGGCCUAAUCCCUCGCUGGAGCACAGAUGAAAUGUUCAGCCUGUCAGACGAGAGCUGCAGCUCAAACCACGGGUUGAGUCGCAGGAAAAAGAUCGCGGUCAGCAUCAUCAUCAGCCUGCCGGAGAAAGAGGAGGAGAACCACAGCUUCCAGGAGUUCUUCUUCUCCCACUUCCCCCUGUUCGAGUCUCACAUGAACAAACUCAAGACCGCCAUCGAGAGGGCGAUGAUCGCGUGUAGGAGAGUAGCAGAGCCGAGUCAGCGUGUGCAGGUGUAUCUGUGUCGGGUUAUGGAGGCACUGGGAGAGUUCAGGAUGACCGUGUGGAACCUGUACAUGGCUCCACGGAUCACUGAACCCAUCUGGCUGACCAUGAUAUCCCAGAGUGCCGAGCGAAACCAGUUGUGUCAGCGCUUCCUGAGGGAGAUGAGCCUGCUUAUGGAGCACGGGGCCAAGAACCAGUUCCUGUCUUCUCUCCUCACUGCUGUCCUUAUGUACCACCUCGCCUGGGUUCCCACAGUGAUGCCUAGCAACCACCCACCAAUCAGAACAGUUUACCAGAAACGCUCCUCUCAAACGGUGGACCUGCUGGCUAAGAGUCACCCAUACAACCCACUGUGGGCUCAGCUAGGAGAUCUGUAUGGUGCUUUGGGUUCUCCUGUUCGAGUGUGUCGCACUGUGGUCGUUGGACGCCGGCGCGAGCUGGUGCAGCGCGUCCUCUACGUUCUCUCCUACUUCAUCCGCUGCUCUGACCUCCAAGAAAACGCACUUCCUCAAGCACAGACAGACAGUCCUGUCAAUCCGUGCCCUUCUCAAACCACUAGCCCCACCCCCUGCUCUGAGAGGACCAAUAAGAAGCCACUCGUCUGUGAGUCCGAGGCUACAAAGUCCACCCAUAACCCCGAAAGGACCAAUGAUAAAAUGCUAACAGCCGACACAAAACCUACACACCCGGCUUUCUUUUCAGAAGGGACCAGCACAGAAGUAGGUGAUUCCAAAUCGGCUGACUCCUCCCCCUUUUCUGAAAUGGUUACUGAUAGACUGGAAUGUACUCAGGAAUGCUCAGGAGAGACGGUACAAGAGAACAUCUCGGCUAAUCCGAGCCCUCCUGCGCAAAGGGUGCGGUUUACGAUUGGCAGUCCAAAGGAGGCAGAAAACGACAGACAUCAAGAUAGGACACAACCUGGGUGUAGGCGGGCCUUACACAGGAAGAUGCCAAAUAGGCUUUUAACAGACAGCUUGGACAGCUCGGACGAGGAGGAACUGUCACACAGGCAGACGUGCACAGGAAACGAAAUGCAGCAACAUGAACUACCGCUCCCAAGCUGCGACAUGGAGAUCUGCCCCGACGUGAAUCAUUUCGGCCGCUCUUUACUCGGAGGUUACAGUCCUCAGUACAUGCCUGACUUCGUCCUGCACGGAGUCACCUCGGAUCAGCGGCUCAAGCAGUGCCUGAUGGCUGACCUGGAACACACGGUACUGCACCCUGCGCUGGACGAGCCGGUCGCUGAGGCGGUGUGCAUCGUCGCGGACACGGACCGUUUGUGUGUUCAGGUGGCUACGACUCAGCGGCGCGUGUGUGAGCCAGGCCAAAUAGGAAGAGACGUGAUGGUCUCCAAUCUUAUACACACGCUCCUCACGUCUGUGCUUCAGCUGCACGCGCUCAACAUGGCCGCAGAAUUUUGUGUCAUGCACUUGGAGGAUCGCUUGCAGGAGGUGUACUUUAAGAGUUGUUCUUUGGCAGAAUAUCUGAGAGGACAACGACGAGUCCAUGUGAAGGAACUGGGACUAGCGCUGGGGAUCGAGUCCAGUGAUCUUCCGCUGCUUACAGCCGUCGCCAGCACACACUCACCCUACGUUGCCCAGAUCCUUCUGUGAACAGAGCUGCUUCACUACACCAACCAAUCAGAGCAAGCUCCUGCCUACAGCAGACCAAUAAACAGCUGAUCGUCGCGAGUCCAGGUUCACUCUGCCGACGAUCAGACCAAUCAGGAUCAUCUGAUUUAACCUUUAAAGAGAGAGCAGAUCAUAUGGUUUACAUCCUCUCCAGUCUGUGUGUGUGUGUGUAGGGAGUGUGUGUCGGCUUUGUUUUCUUAUACGCACUAUUUCCACAGUGGUGUUUUGUCUUAAAAAAAAAAAAGAAGACUGGAACAGGCAACGCUGCUUUUUAGGUCAUUGUAUAGUAUAACGGGCGACAAAUUGAAGGAAAAAACCUUUCAAUAAAAAAGUAGCGAUUGGAUUCGGAAAACGGCCUUCGCUCUUUUAUAAACUGGAUUAUUUCAGCUAAAUUUGAAGCCAGCUUCAAAUCCGCAAAGGCAAUCCCAUUCGAGUUUAAAAAGCGUAGCUGACUAAAACUGAGCACAAUGCUAAGCAUGCCUCGGUUGCUUUUUCUGCCCCUUGGUAAAUCUUUUUGCACUGCAACUUUUUUAAAUUUUUAUCAUCGCACCAAUAUUGAUGUUCUGUGUAAAUCGCACGUGCUGCCUCCGAUUAACACAAAGUAGACAAGACGGGACAUCACUUAACAAAUGACUCGGGGGGGGGGAAGCAUGUUGGUUUACAGCAGCGAUCGUUAACCGUGUUUCUGUAGAUCUGCUUUCUUACAGGAUUAAAUUCCAGCUGAAAUCCCGGACUGAUUAAGAUUAGUAAAGUGUGCUUGAUUAGGAUGGAGUAGGAAGAUCUCCAGAAACAGGUUGAUCACUGGUUUACAGAAUCAGAAUUGUCAUACGAGUUAAGUAUUUAUUAUAGGAAACAGUUAGUAUGCCUCAGUUAUCUUGAAUAAGUAGUUCCAUUUUCGGUUUGUUUUUGUAACUUGUGUGUCCUGGUUGUGUCUCCUACCCCCCUCCAAACAGCUAAUUUUGGGUUGUAUAGCUCCCCCUUGUGGUGGCAUUUAGGUUUACAGGAUUGUUCACAAAGACCAAGAUUUGUACAGCCAGGUGGAGACGGACAUUGAAAUUACUUUUAUUAUUUGCAAUAUUAGUGUGUUGAUCUCUGCAUCAAGCUCAUGCUGUAUAUAAACCAUCAUUAUAUACAGUUUGUCCUCAAGUAGUCUUUAAAUAAGUCACCAUUAACAGCUUUCUUUGUGGAGGGUGGAUAACUUGUAUCAGGUGCUACCAUGUUAUACACUGUGUAAACGUAUGUUAAAGUACAUACUAUUUUAUACUUUACUAAUACCUUUCUGCAGAGUAAGCCACAUACAGCUCUAUUCAGGCUAAUACUCAAGUCUUAAUUGUAUUCAGUCUUAUGUUUCUUAUUUCUUUAAUAUUCAAAAGAUUUUGUUAUUUUUGUACACUAAAUUCUACCUCAUGGUUGCUUUUAAAAGCAGUCCUGAUCUCAGAUAUGAAAGACGGGCCAGUUAAAUUUGGCCAGGGUAAAAGAUCUCCUUUAGGUGUUGAGCAACGCUGAGGAAACGACAGAUAAGGCUUCAUGUCCAUGUUUAUGGCCAUGUGCUUUGAAUAAAAAAAUUAAAAAAAACACAAGUUGCGUUUGGGUUGUUUUAAGUUUGAUCCUUGGAUAUGGAAUAAAGUUGAAUAAAUUUCUCAAUUGAAA